GGACAACAUCGAGUACUUUCUGCUCUGCAAACCUCAUCACAACACAACCCUCAUUACUAAAUCCCGGUUGUUUUAAUUGGCGACGAAGGAGUGAAGAACUACGCGAGCGAUUUUUUUUCUUUCGGUGGUGUGUUUAAUCGGACAGUUUUUUUUUAUCAAUUUUUCAUUUGCGGGAUUGAAACGAUCGUCCUGUUCGGGUGUGCACGCAUCGGGGAAGAAAUUUGCUGGCUAUUGUGUGCGAGUAGCGGCGGCACCAUUUUGUUUUCUACAAACCGACGCCGAGUGAGCAGCAGCAAAAAACCGAGGAUUCUGUCGGUGUGCCUGGAAGUGCGGUACCUGUUGGCCGGAGAUUCGCACCGGAACGGACGCAGCACGGCGAAUUUCGUGGUUCGGGCGGCAAGUGGCACGAUUUUGCGCGGCGGAUUCCGGUGGAUUUUUGCUGAUUCGGUGCGGUGAAGGUUCUGCUUUUUGCGGUGGUUUGGAGCAUCGGCAGUUCCAGCGGCAUUUUUGGGACAAAGGGGAGCGUUCGUUGGCGGCGGUGGCCUGGCGAUUUGUUCUUGGACCGGGAGAAAGCAGCUCUGUGAGGCCAAAUCGCCACGGUGUAAUUCAGCUGUUUGAGCCGGUGCACAAACUUUUGCUUCGCUGAUCGACGUUUUCCUGUGCUGGUGCACGGUGCGCGCGACGAGUUUGUGCAGGAGGUUAAGUUUGCUUGCUGGCAAAGGCCGGGAAGGAGAUCGGUGAGUGAAAAGCUAUUUUAAAGUGAUCCCUGGAUUUGCAGUAAUAUUUGUGUUUUUCUUUUUAUUUUUUUUUUCUUUGGGAAAUUUGAAAUUUGAUUUUUUUUACCUGAUUUUUGAUAUCAAGACAUGGGUUCGAACGGGUUAGCUACCUCUAUUGAGAUGUUUAGAAAGGGUACGUCAUUUACGGACUGGUCCGAUCGAUUGGCCUAUACCUUUCACGCAAAUCAAGUUGCGGCUGAUCGCCAAAAAUCGCAUUUCAUGAAUUUGCGGACCGUUUUUUUUUCUCAAUUAAAACUGCACUACAGCAAAGAUGAGCUGGAUAAAGCCUCUUAUGCUGAUAUUGUGUUAAAAUUGAAACAAAAAUUGGACAAAACGGAGCCGGACUUAGUCCAACGCUUUCGUUUUAGUCAGCGAAACCAGCAACCUGAUGAAUCCAAUGAGGAUUUCGUGCAGGCGGUCAAGUUGCAGGCGGAAUUCUGUGGUUUUGGUGCGUUUAAGGACGUGGCCAUAAUGGACAGAGUUCUGGCGGGUCUUCUUGAUGGGAAUUUGAAGGAGAAUUUGUUGAAGGAGGAGGGGUUGACUUUGGACAAGAUGGACAAGUUCAUCACAACCUGGAACAUAGCAAAACGUAACGUGAGUGCACUUAACAAUCAAAACUCUUGUGCUAAUUUUGGACAAUUUAACUACCCUCCACCUGAAAUGGUCAACCAAGUUCGAAGACCGGUGCACGAGAGAUCGGGCUUCAAUAGAAACAGUAAUAGAUACAACAACAACAGAUCGGGUCAAAACAAUCAUCAGCAGCGCGCACAAAACACACAAAAUACACAUAACACACAACGUUCAGUCAGAUUUCAAGGUGAUAACCGUAAUAACAAUCAAAGAAACACAAAUUACAAUAACAACAACAACAAC